UCUUGAUUUACUAUAUGAUAUAGUUGUUAUCUGAAAGCGUUUCUAACUACCGCAUUUUACAGAUCUAUACAAUAAAAAAAUUACCAAGAGAAUAAACUUGUUUUUACAUUUCAAAUACAAUUAUAUAUUCAUUACUACUUGUUUAAGAGCUCGCAAGUGCAUUGCCGGCAUUUAAACUUUUUAAAUACCUCAUUGGUUAUAGGAAAAUGUAAUUAUGAGUACAAUGGAAGAAAUUGAAGAAGAAGCUAAAGCAGCAGCAGAGAUAAUGGUGACGAAUAUGAUGCAACGACCAGGACAGUUAGAGAAAGUGGAGCAAUACAAAAGAAGAAUUACACACAAAAAAGCCUCAAUUGAAGCUCAACUGAAAUCAGCAGUUCAAGGCAAAUUAGAUGGAGUAAGUGUUGGUUUACGACAGCUGCAAGAAUGUCUGGAUGAUGUGCAACAGAUUAGUUCAAAAAUGGAUGAACUGGAAGAACUGUUGAAAGGCGUACCACCAUUAGUAGCAUCACUACAAGCUGUGCGAGAAGAAGACUGUCGUCACUCGCAGUAUGUGACUGCUAUGGACAGCUUAAAACAUAUUUUCACAGUUCCUGAAAGUGUUGCAAAAGCUAAACAAUGGAUUGGGGAAGGAAAAUUACUUCAUGCACAUCAGUGCCUUAGUGAUUUGGAAAAUUCUAGAGAUGAUUUACUAUAUGAACUACAUCGUUUACCAAACCAGUCCUCUCAUGACAAAAUUAUGUUGAAAGCAUAUUUUGAUGAUGUACAGGCAGUGUCAGAAUUACUGGAAAAACAAAUUAAACUUAUACUAGCCAGAACAUUAAAUACUGUUAGAAAAGAACCAACGGUUAUUGUUACUGCUUUAAGAAUUAUUGAAAGAGAAGAAAAAAGGGACCAAAUGGCAUUAGAGCAAGAUCAAUCCGGUUUCAUGCCACCAGGCCGACCAAAAAACUGGCGAAAUAUGGCUUUUAAAGUAUUAGAAUCAGCUGUAACUGAGCGUAUUGAAGGCACACGUGUGGACGAAAGAGAAGAUAAUAAAUUAUGGCUUAUUCGGUACUUAGAACUGACGCGGCAAUUGAUAUUAGAAGAUUUACGGGUCGUCAAAACUCUAUGUGUGCCUUGCUUCCCUCCACACUAUGAUAUAGUUAACAAAUAUGUUGAUAUGUAUCAUAAUUGUCUGUCGUCGAGUAUGCAAGAUGUUGUACAGAAUGGUUUGGAAGGUAAUGAAAAUGUCACACUUUUGUCAUGGAUUUUAAACACUUACCCAGGGUCAGAGUUAAUGGGAAGUACUGAGUUAAACAUUGAUGUAUUAACAUUAAAGCCAUUACUGUCGAAGGAAAUAAUGCAGAAGUUAGAAGAUGAUUAUCUUCAGAGAAUGGAGUUGAACUAUCGAGAGUGGAUGGACAAGACUUUUGAAGCGGAACGCGCGGAGUGGGGUGGCGAGCGUUCCCCGGAAGUGGAACCCCAUACAUCCGCUUUCCACACACACGCUCCGGUCAUCAUAUUCCAAAUGAUUGAUCAAAACUUGCAGGUGACGGAGACCAUCACUAAAGAUAUUACUUUCAAGGCUCUCCUACUGAGUAUCGAUCAAGUGACUCGCUUCGGUAACAUGUACAGGGAAGGUGUUAUACAAUUUAAGAAUGCGCAUUUCGCGGACCGCUCCCGCGUUGUGUACUUCACACAUCACAUGAUUACUAUCGUCAACAAUAGCGAGCAAAUGGUUCGACUCGCCCAACAGACGCAAACCCGCCAUUGGCCUCCCGGAAAACAUGAUCCCGCUGGGGAAGAUAAGUUCAAUAAGAUGCUGGCCACCUUCCAGAAUUUGCGGCACGAAGCAGCAAAAUUCUUGCUCGAAGAAGCGUUUUUAGAUUUAGACGAACACUUUAAUGACCUCUUCACCGCUAAGUGGCUAACUACAACAAUACCUGUAGACACUAUAUGCGUAACAUUGCAAGAUUAUUUUCUUGAUUACAAUCAUUUGAGGGAGAAAAAUUUUGAUUACGUAAUAAAUGAGGCCCAGAACUUGGUUUAUCGCAAGUAUAUAACGGCCAUGUUGUCUAAGAAGGUGACUUUUAAGAGCGUGGAAGAGGCUCAACAGGCUGCAACGAAAAUUGUGAAAGAGGCAAACCAAAUACGCGCGUUCUUCAAGAAGAUCAAAGCUCAGGCCAUCGCAGCGGAAGGGAUCAACGUGGACUGGCCCUUUGAGGUUAUCUCCACAUUAGCUGAGGUACUACGGUGUCAAGACAUCGAAAUGCUGUCGUUAGACUUACACGGCGUAGUUGACAAAUGUCCAGAAGUUACUGAAGAGCAUUUGGCCCGACUUGUGUCCCUCCGAGGGGAUGUACCGCGUGCCCACAUUAGGGACACAGUAGCACAUGUGUGUGCUACUAAGAGACCCACGCGCCCUUCCACUAACCCACCACUUUUUAAACACGUAACCUUCAAUGAUAGGCUUCUUUCACACUUUACGCUGUAGUAUAACAAUUUUAACUGUAAUUAUUAUGUGUAAUUACGUUUUACAAAUCGAAGCAAACAACUGAUAUUUUCGUAUAGAAUACGUUUAUUACCUACGCAGCCUUCAUCUCGGAAAAUCAGGAUUCCAGGUGUAAAUAUCUUCUGUCUUAAAAUUAUAGCAAUUUAAAUUUACAAUACAUAAAGUGAUAACUUUAAUAUGCUCUUUUGAACCAAAAAUCAUAACAUAAUUAUUUAAUAAUCUUAAAAUGUAAUUAACUUUAUAAUGAAAAGGAUACAUUUUAAUCAGUUUAUAUUAAGCAAACUAUUAUUAUAUGAAUAAAAACCGCAUGAAAUUUUAAAUGUAAAAUAGCAGGUUAAUGUUAAAAUUAAGAUUAUA